AUGAAUCUAACGGUGAACGGGUAUACUUCGGCCCUUAAUGUAGCUUGUGGCGAGAUAAGGGAAGCAAUGAGUCAGUACACUAGAUGUGCCGAUCCAACUGAGAGUGCUGCAAGAAAAGAAAGAAUGAGAUUGGCUGAAGAGAACGGAGAAACUGAAGAAGCUGCUAGAAAUAUGGUUGCAGCAAUAACUGCCUUUAAUGCUCCUAUAUUAAAUGCUGAAGAUAUCAUACCUAUUAAUACAAAUAUGGUUGAAAACCAGAAUGAGAGGGCUGGUGAUAAUAAUGACAACAGUCCUGCUCGCCUCCCUGCACUAGAACGCCUUGGCCCUUUACCAGAGCUUAACUUAGCCUCCACCAGUGCUGAACCUGCCAGGAUCCCUGCAAAGAAGAGACUGGGAAGACCCCCAUUAUCAAAGAAUAAGCCUAAAUCUCUAGGGAUUAAAGAAGGAUCGGGGAAAACAGGGACCGUCAUCAAGUAG